CGGAGCAGCUGCGGGACUUGCCUCCGCCCCCCGCGCGCUUGCGCAUUCGCGAGCGAGACAGGCGCUCUCCUGUAUUCUGGCGCUGCUGACUCCAGGGCUGGACGAUCCUCAGAGUCUGGUGGCGGUUAGCUGGGGCCAGGGAAGCCUGGAAGGGGGGUUCCAAUCGAGUCAAGAAAAGCCUGGGGUGUCCUGAACUGUGGCUGCUUCCCCAGCCCUGCCAGUUUCCAAAGGAGGCGCCUGAGAAGGAGAAACGAAUCGCUGCUGCUCUUCUAAAAGCCGGUUCCGUCUCUGGCAUCUGUGGACCCUGAUUCUGAAGUAAAUGAACCUUGAGGAAAAUUGACCCGGUUCUUGCAAUUCUAAAAUCAUGGCUCAUGAUUUGGUGAUGUUCAGAGAUGUGGCUGUAGACUUUUCUCAGGAAGAGUGGGAAUGCCUAAACUCAUAUCAGAGGAAUUUGUACAGAGAUGUGAUAUUAGAGAACUAUAGCAACUUGGUGUCACUGGCAGGAUGUUCCAUUUCUAAGCCAGAUGUGAUCACCCUAUUGGAACAAGGGAAAGAGCCCUGGAUGGUUGUGAGGGAUGAGAAAAGAAGAUGGACUCUAGAUUUGGAAUCCAGAUAUGACACUAAAAAGUUAUUUCAAGAAAAGGAUAUUUAUGAAAUGAACUUAUCUCAGUGGAAGGUAAUGGAAAGAAUUAAAAGCUGUGGACUUGAAGGACAAGAAAGUCCUCAUGAAGUGUGUUUCAGGCAAGUGACAAAAACCACCUCUGAAAAAACGCCUAGCUACAGAAAACUCACAUCUCUUCCUCUGUAUCAGAAGAGUCGUAACAGAGAGAAACCCUAUGAAUGUGGGGAAUGUGGGAAGGCUUUUAGAGUACGACAACAACUUACUUUCCAUCAAAGAAUUCAUACUGGUGAGAAACCCUAUGAAUGUAAAGAAUGUGGAAAAGCCUUUAGACAGUGUGCCCACCUCAGUCGACAUCAGAGAAUUCAUACUUCUGACAAACUCUAUGAAUGUAAAAAAUGUGGAAAGAUCUUCACAUGUGGCUCAGACCUUCGAGUACAUCAGAGAAUUCAUAUUGGUGAGAAGCCAUAUGAAUGUAAAGAAUGUGGGAAAGCCUUUAGAGUUAGAGGACAACUUAAUCUCCAUCAAAGGAUUCACACAGGUGAGAAGCCCUAUGAAUGUAAGGAAUGUGGGAAGGCCUUUAGGCAGUAUGCACACCUUACUCGACAUCAGAGACUUAACAUUGCUGAGAAGUGCUAUGAGUGUAAGGAAUGUGGUCAGGCCUUUCUGUGUAGUACAGGCCUUCGAAUACAUCACAAACUUCAUACUGGAGAAAAACCCUAUGAAUGUAAGGAGUGUGGAAAGGCCUUUAGAGUGCGGCAACAGCUUACUCUGCAUCAGAGAAUUCACACUGGUGAGAAGCCUUACGAUUGUAAGGAAUGUGGGAAGACUUUUAGUCGUGGCUAUCAUCUAACUCUCCAUCAGAGAAUACAUACCGGUGAGAAGCCCUAUGAAUGUAAGGAAUGUCAGAAGUUCUUUCGUCGUUACUCAGAACUUAUUUCACAUCAGGGUAUUCACAUUGGAGAGAAACCUUAUGAAUGUAAGGAAUGUGGGAAGGCAUUUAGACUGUUCUCACAGCUUACUCAACAUCAGAGUAUUCAUUUUGGUGAGAAACCCUAUAAGUGUAAGGAAUGUGAGAAGACUUUUAGACUGCUUUCACAACUUACUCAACAUCAAAGUAUUCAUACUGGUGAAAAGCCCUAUGACUGUAAGGAAUGUGGAAAGGCCUUUAGACUUCAUUCAUCACUGAUUCAACAUCAGAGAAUUCAUUCUGGUGAGAAACCUUACAAAUGUAAGGAAUGUAAAAAGGCAUUUAGACAACAUUCACAUCUUACUUACCAUCAGCGAAUUCAUAAUGUAACUUAAUAGUUAUUAGAACUCUUCCAUUGUGAAUUUUAUGUUGCGCAUAGGAAGUACAUUCUAGAGGAAAAGUUUUUGAAUGUGGGAAUCCCUUUUGCUUCAUGCUCAGAACUAAGCAUAGGAAGUUUUAUUUAAAGGAAAGAAUAUGUUGACGAACAUAUGGAAGCCUUUCAUCAUCUUUGAAACCAUGUUAUAGGAAAUUCAUCCUAGAAAGGAACUUUAUUAAAGUACUGAAUGUGGAAAAGCUUUUGAUCUUACCUAUUAUCUCCAUAUUCUUCCAUCUGUGUAGUAUACACACGGAGGUUGCCAGGGAACCACCUCAUUCUGAAAAUGUGCAAAUGAAAGGAAAGUCAUUUAGUCUACAUUUCCUGUGUAAACUGUAUUUCAAGGCAACCAGAAGUUAAUGAGGUAAAAGUUCUUUAUUAGAAAAUUCCAGGCUAAUGAAUGCAGAAAGAAUAAUAGAAAAUUGUAUUAGAAAAACUAUUGUGUAACACAUAAUGAAAUAAUGGAUUUAGGCACGAUUCUCUGUAGAGGUUGAGACUAUUCAGUGAAAGGUUGUGAACUUUACAGUGAAUAGAUGAGACUGACAACAUCUGAACUCACUGAUCAUCUUAACUUCACAGAAAGCAAGACAGUAAAAAUGUGCCUCCUAAUGUGAUACAGUAAGAUAAACACAUCUUGCCAAAAAUAUUGAACCUGAAUUUAAGCCUCAAGAUCUAACUCCCAGUUUAUAGAAAAUUCAAGGAAUGGAAAAGUAAAUUACAUGACAUGAAAAGGAGCAAUUAAAUAUAAAAUAAGGGUAAUUCUACAAGAGGAAUCACCUGGUUUCCCAACCAAUAAAAUGGCAUUUUAAGAAAUAAGGUGGAACUCUUAGGUAUUGACAGACUUGAGACAACAUCAAUCAAAUGCAAUGAAAGAGUGGUUUUUACUUAGAUCAUGAGUUGAACAAACAUGUAAAAGAAGACAUAAUAAUUGGGAGAAUGGGAAUAUUGACAAUAUUAGAUAAUAUUAAACUUUUUGUUAGGUGUGAUAAUAGCAUUGUGGUUAUGUAAAAGUCUAUUUGUUAGAGAUAAUUUCUGAAGUUUAUACACAUGAGAUGAUGUAUCUGGAAUGUCAUUUUGUUCAUGCAAUAGAAAAAUGAGGAUGAAUAACAAGUUUGGCAAAAUGAUGGUAACCUAAGUCUUGCAUACAUGGUUUUUAUUUGUUUUUGCUAUUCUCUCUACUUUUAUGUUUUUAAAAUUUUCCAUGAUGUUCUUUUAAAGAUCAAAUUAUCCAUGAAAUUAUAACCAGUUUAAAAUGAAUUAUUAAAAAAAAAUUCUGGCUGGGCGUGGUGGCUCAUGCCUGUAAUCCCAGCACUUUGGGAGGCCAAGGUGGGCAGAUCACGAGGUCAGGAGUUCGAGACCAGCCUGACCAUCAUGGCGAAACCUCAUCUCCACUAAAAAUACAAAAAUUAGCCAAGGAUGGUGGCAUGCGCCUGUGAUCCCAGCUACUCGUGAGACUGAGAUGGGAGAAUCACUUGAACCCAGGAGACAGAGGUUGCAGUGAGCCGAGAUCACGCCAUUGCACGCCAGCCUGGGCAACAAGAGCAAAACUCCAUCUCAAAAAAAAAAAAAUUCUACAUAUUAAAACUUGUGGAUGUUGCCAAAGCGCUACACAUUGGGAAUGGAAUAUUAAUUACACUAUAAUAAUGAUAAUGUAUUCAGGAAGUUAAAAUGUGGGUCCACAUUUUAUUUAGUUCACCUCUCUAUCGCUAUAUUAUAGUACCCAUAGUGUGUACCUCUUUUUUUUUUUUUUUUUUGAGACGGAGUCUCUCUCUGUUGCCCAGACUGGCGUGCAGUGCUACAAUCACAAUCUCGGCUCACUGCAAGCUCUGCCUCCCAGGUUCAAGCCAUUCUCCUCCCUCAGCCUUCUGAGUAGCUGGGAUUACAGGUGCCCGCCACCAUGCCAGGCUGAUUUUUGUAUUUUUAGUAAACAUGGGGUUUCACCAUGUUGGCCAAGCUGGUCUCAACUCCUGACCUCAGGUGAUCUACCUGCCUCAGCCUCCCAAAGUGCUGUGAUUACAGGCGUGAGCCACCGCGCCCAGCCAGUACUUCAUUGUUUAAAGAAUGAGUAAAAGAAAGCAAUUACUACUGCUAAAUGUGGGAAAUAAUGGACUAGACCUGUACUGUCUAAUAUAUGGUAGUCACUAGCAACCUGUUGAGCACUUGUAAUUGAGUUAUUGAGCACUGAAAUGUGGCUAGUCCAAAUUCAAAUGGUGUUAAAUGUGAAACACAAGAUUCUAAAGACUUAGUUGUUUUUAAAAAGUUAAGUAUCUCAGUUUUUCAUAUUGAGUACAUAUUUAAAUAAUAUUUUAGAUAUAUUGGUUCAAAUAAAAUACAUUAAAAUGAAUAACUAUUUUUUGUUUUUAUAAAAUGUGUUACAGGAAAAUUUUUUAUCUGUAGCUCACAUAUUUCUAUUGUCAGCACUGGUAUAAACAAUAAAAAGUAGACUUGGGGCCGGGCGCGGUGGCUCAAGCCUGUAAUCCCAGCACUUUGGGAGGCCGAGACGGGCGGAUCACGAG